GUGAAUGGCUGUUUACGUUGAUCGCAAUAUAUUCCAUAUUGGUACUAGCUCAUAUAAAAGUGAUGUAUUUCAUGAUAUUCCAAAGGAAAACUCCAACUACCAAUCAAAAGAUCACAGUAGCAACUACUUCUUAGACAAUGCAAAUACUGAUGUUGACGAUAAUUUUACAACAAAAGGUACAAAUUAUUAUAGAGAAGUGAAAGACUGGUUAAAUGAAGAUUUGUUUGAAGGUGGAGUUUUUGAUGGAAAGCGUAAUGCAUGGGGUUGUUAUCAAUGGGAUAAUGGUGAAAAAUAUUUUGGAACAUUUUUCAAUGAUAAAAAACAUGGUUAUGGUUAUUAUGUAUGGCCUAAUGGAUCAAAUUAUUUGGGUACAUUUUAUCUUGAUAAAAGAUCAGGUUAUGGAAUUAUGAGAUAUUCAAAUGAUUCAAUAUAUGAGGGAUUCUUUUUAAAUGAUCAACGUUAUGGUCCUGGUAUAUUUAUAACAAUAACAUCAACUAUGAAUGAAAUAAAUGUUGGUUAUUGGAAAAAUGAUCGUUUAAUUCGUUUAAAAAAAUCAGCAUUACAUAAUAAUGAUAAACAACAUCAUCAUGAAUUUCAUUUUAUUAAACAAUUUCCACAAUAUAAUUUUUAUAAAUUAGUUAAUUUAGAAUUAAUGUUUAAACAUAAUCAAUAUCAGAAAUCAAUAAAACAAGAUCAAAAUGAUUUAUUGAUUAAUGAACAAAUUUAUCAUUAUGAUCAAUAUUAUUUCAAUGAAACUUUAUCAUUAUUAUUAUCAUUAUUAAUAAAUAAUACUUCAAUCAAUUCAACUGAAGUAUUAAUUCAAAUUAUACAAAAUAUAUUAAAACAAAGUAAUUUACCUCAAUCAUUUCAAGUAUGGAAUAUGAAGAGUCCAUUAUUUGAAAAAUUUAUAGCAGAUCAAAGUUUCAAUUAUUUACUUCAUUGUAUACCAACAUCUAUACAAUCAUCACAUUUAAAUUUUAACAAUUUACAACAGAUAUCAGUAACUAUGGAAUCUAUUCAUAAAAACGAUUAUUCAAUAAUGUCCAAUUUAAAAAAUAAUGAAUUUAAACAACAACAACAACAACAACAAGAAGGACAACAACAACAACAACAACAAUCUGAAACUUAUUCUAAACAAGAUUCUCUAUUUGAUUCACAAUUUAAACAAAAUCAAACAGUUUGUUUAGUGGAUAUGAGAUCAUAUAUAACACAAAUUGCUUAUUUACAAAAUUUUUUACGUAAAUCAUGUCAAACUAUUGAUUGGUAUAGAUUAUCAAUUCAUCAUGGAAUUCAUGAUGUACCUGUUAAAGAACAUAAUCAUGACCUUGAAAUUAGUAAGCAUGAUCAUCAUGACCUUGAAAAUAACAAACAUGGGCAUCAUGACCUGGAAAAUAGUAAGCAUGAAUAUCAUGGCCUUGAAAAUAACAAACAUGGAUAUCAUGACCUUGAAAAUAAUUUAAACAAACAAUUGUUUAUUAAUGAAUGGUCAAUUAUAUGGAAUAAAUUAUCAAAAAAAGUUUUAAAGAAAUCUAAUAAACAAACCUUAAAACAUGAAAUGAAUACAACAAAUCAAUUAACCGGUAAAUAUGAAACAUUAUCAAUACAAUUUAUUCAAUAUUGUUUUAAUGGAUUAUUUGAUCAAGUUAGAAAUUUAUUACAAAUUGAAAAUCAAACAAAUAUAAAUCAAUAUUGUAUUGAUCCAAAUGUUACUGAUAAUCAUGGACAAUUUGGUUUAUUAGGUGCUGUGUUAACAUGGAAUAUGAAAUUAGUGAAUCUUUUAUUGGAUUUUGGUGCAAAUAUUAAUCAAUUAACUGAUGAUGGUUUAACCGUAUUUACAAUAUGUUUAUUAAAAUAUUAUGAAUUAUUUAAAGAAAUUAUGAAUUUGAAAAAUGAUCGAAAUGAUCAAUUCAGUGAAGGAGAUCAAGGAUCAUUAGAUCCAAGUGGAAAUAAUCAAUCGGAUCAAGAACAUCAACAACAACAACAACAACAACAACAACGGAGACAGUAUGAACCAGAUCAUAUAUUGCCGAUCAUUACAAAAAGAAUAAAGAUGAAUGAUAAAAUCAUUGAUUCAACAAAUGAUAAUAAAGAUGAUAAUGAGAAGAAAGAAUCAAAUUUAAAUAAAUCAUCAUCAUCAUCGUCAUCAUCAUCAUCGUCUUUACCUUUUGGUAGGAAUUAUAUUUAUCGUGUUGAAUUACCUGUAUUAUUAUCGACAACAUCUUCAGAGAGUAUGAUCACAUUACGACGUAAUGCUAGAUUGUCACAAAUACGUAGAAUGCAUUUAAAUAAAAUUAAAGAACGUCGUUCACUUAUUAUAAAAUCAAAUGAAAUAAGAAGAUCUACACAACAAUCACCUGAAAUAAAAAAUAAUUUGAUUACUACAAUUCAAUCCAAUUUACCAACUUUUCAACGUUUUACAAAUUGUUUAACUCGUUUUAACUCUAUAAAAGAAUUACAUAAUAAAGCUAAUCCUAAUAAUUCACCUUUAAAUGAUAAUAAAAUGAGUCCAACUUUAUUAUCAAAAUCUAUGCAUGCUGAACAUCGCAAGAGUAGACCCAAAACUAUUUCAAUAGAUCAAAGAAAUAAAAAGGCAAUGAUCGAUGUCAUUUCUAAAAAAGCUGCAUUCAAUCAACCUUAUAGAAUAAAAUCACCAGUAUUAAGAGAAGUAGCUGCUCAAGAAUUAUCAAGAAAUCCUUAUUUUUUAGCAUCACAUUCACUGAAUAGUUCAAUGAUGAAUCAAACAUCAGAUGAAAAUAACAAUAAAACAUCAGAUAUGGAACAAGUUAAUGAAACACCAGUUAGUAGAAAUUCAUUAGAUCGACAAGCUUUACUUUUAGCAAAACAAAAACAAAUGAUAGAUAUAAUAGAUCUAUUAUUAAAACGUGGAGCAAAUCCAAACACUGGUAUAAGACCAUUACCAGCAUUAUUUCUAGCUGUACAAGCUGGUGAUCCUGAUAUGGUUCGUAAAUUAAUUCAACAUGGUGCAGAUGCAAAUAUAUGUUUACGUGUAGAUAGUAUUUCUGAAUCUGAGAAUCCUGCAUUAAAAGGAAUUUAUAUUGAUGAAGAUGAACCACCAUUAAUACCAAGUUUAGAUGGUCUAACUGUUCUACAUUAUGCUGUACUUGUUCCAAAUGAAAUGGGUGUAAAAUUAACAGAAAUUCUAUUAGAAGAUGGUUUAGCUGAUCCAAAUAAACAAGCUACAUUAGAUGAUAGUUUCAAAUUGAAAAGUCAAUUCAAUACUUCAAUAAUAUCCGGGAAUUCAAGUGAGCUAAAUUCAGGUAAAACAACACCUGAAGAAAAUAGAAUGAAUGAAGGACGAACUCCAUUACAUUUGGUUUGUUCCCGUGAAUAUGAUUUACUGAAUUCAGCUGUUAUUACAAAAUGCCUUUUAAAGCAUAAUGCUAAUCCAAAUUUAUUGUGUAAUGGUCAUUCAGCGCUCAGUGUUGCUAUAGCAACUGGAAAUGAUCCAUGUAUUAAUAUUUUAAUAAAUCAUCAGAAUACAAAUAUUAAUCAACCAUUAGGUGAUGGUUUAGGUUCAGCUCUUUGUAUUGCAUGUUCAAGUUUAUUUGAAUUUAGAAGAUCAAUUGAAUCACGGUUAGAAUUAAUCAAAUGUUUAAUUAAUAAAGGUGGUAUUGACAGUUUUAAAACAUUUGUUUUAUUAAAAUCCAAAGGAAUUUUCGGGAAUGUCAUAGAUUUCACUUAUAUGGAUUAUGCAAAAGAUACAAGAAUUUCUAAAACACCAUAUCAUGCAUUAAAUGAAAUUGAAAAAGAAACUUAUAAUGGAAGAAUGCAAAUAUUAACUUAUUUAGCUAAUCGAUUAAGAGAAUUUGCUUAUUCAAUAGAAGAUCUUAUUGCUGAUGAUGGUGAUGAUGAUGAUGAUGAUAAGAAUAAUGAACAAAGAAAUUUGGAUCAAAUUGAAUUAAAAGAUAAACAAGAAAAUUGUCUAAUGAAAACAUCAUCUUCUAAACCUUCACGUCAAGGAUCACCGACUUAUCUCAAGAAAAACAGCUGUAUAUCCUAUACAUUUUGCUAUGAAUGUGGACGUUCUGUCGGUGUACGUUUAACAGUAUGUUCACGCUGUCAUAGAGUCUAUUUUUGUUCCAAAGUUUGUAAAUUAAAAUCAUGGACAAUGCGACAUAAAAACGAAUGUUAUUUAACUCCAGAACUUCAAACUGAAAGAGAUAGACGAAGUCCUACAAAAGUUCUACCAAAACUUACAACAAAUAAACAAGAGAAAUAUCAACAACCAUUACAACAAAAUAUAAAUCAUACAUUAAAUUGGAAUUUAUUAAAUCAUUUAACAUGUUGUACAAGUAGUGGUGAAUUCAUUGGUAUUUUAUAUCAUCCAAGUUAUUAUUAUCAAUAUAUAUUAAAUCAUUAUUUAAAAAUUAAUGAAAAUGGUCAUAUUAUUAUUGGAAAAUAUAAUGGUCAUGGAAAUUAUAGUCUUAUUUAA